UCCGAGAGAGCGCGCAAGAGAGUCCAGAGGUAUAUAAAGAGACGGCUUCCAGUUCCAGGGCAUCAUCUUCAUAUCUCCUUCUCAGCCAUGAAGCUCCUGGUUUUCAUCUGCGUUCUAGCAGCCACUCGGGCAGCUAAGUUAGAGGGACAUUCCUCACAUGGGCACAACGACGGCUCAACAGGGGUGUCCCUGCCUAUAUUGGCCGAUGUAGACGUGAGGUCAUCCCCAGGUCAACUCUACUCAACCCCAUCCAAUCAGGGAUUCUCUGGCGGCUCCAACUCUAUUGUCCAGUCAGCUAACGCUUUCUCUGGACAGUCAUUCCCCACUCCUCAUGCCCACGAAGUCCCUGCACCAUCACACCAGACCUUCCCUGAAGCCCCCUCUCAGUCCUAUUCUCAGCCAUCCAAUCAGUUAGGAUCUGGACUGUCAGGACCGGGUUCCCAGAUUGUCCCAGCUGCUCCUUCAAGAUCCUUCUCCCUCACCGGAUCAGGUGGCCAAGCAUUCCCUGAGCCUUCAGUUCACGCUCACUCAGUGUCCGGAUCUGCUGGUCAGUCCUUCACUGGUCUUUCAGGCUCCUCUUUCCAGGCUCAGCCUGCACAGCCCUCCCAGACAUACUCUGAGCCUUCGGUCCAUUCUGGCUCUGCUCAUGCUGCUGGCCAGUCCUUCAAUCAGUUCUCUGGUUCUUCCUCAUUACACUCUCACUCUGCACCUUCUGGAUCAGCUGGUCAGUUCCUCGGUGGAUCAGGAGGUUCCUCAUUACACUCUCACUCUGCACCUUCUGGAUCAGCUGGUCAGUUCCUCGGUGGAUCAGGAGGUUCCUCAUUGCACUCUCACUCUGCACCUUCUGGAUCAGUGGUCAGUUCCCGGUUGGUCAAGGAGGUUCCUAUUACACUCACUCUGACCUUCCUGGAUCAGCCUGGUAAGUUACUCGGUGGAUCAGGAAGGUUUCCUCAUUACACUCUCACUCUGGCACCUUCUGGAUCAGGCUGGUCCCAGGUUCCUCGUGGAAUUUCAGGAGGUUCAACUCAUUGCACUCUCACUCUGCACCUUUCUGGACCAGCUGGUCAGUUCCUCGGUGGUGAUCAGGAGGUUCCUCAUUACACUCUCACUCUGCACCUUCUGGAUCAGCUGGUCAGUUCCUCGGUGGAUCAGGAGGUUCCUCAUUACACUCUCACUCUGCACCUUCUGGAUCAGCUGGUCAGUUCCUCGGUGGAUCAGGAGGGUCCUCCUUUUCUAACCAAGCUUUGCAGCCAGCUCAGCCUUCUCAGACAUACUCUGAACCUUCAGUUCAUUCAGCGUCUGGCUCAGCUCUCCAAUCAAGCGUGUCGUCAUCCAGUGGAUUUGGAGGUGUUGCGACACUCUCAUUCUGAAGCUUCUCAUCAGACAUCCUUUGGAGUGAAUGAGGGUUCCUUCUCUGGAGUAUCAUCACAAGGACCUCAGGUUUCAUCUGGCUAUGGAGCUCCUGGCGCUGGUAAUUGCAGGGAAGGAGAGGUUUCCCAUUUCGAUGGCAGCUGCGUUGUCCCAGAGGUUUCACGACAUGUGUUUGUUUACCAAGCACCAGAGAGAGAAGGCCGUACCUAUGGCCCACCUCCAAAGAUCCCCCUGCCCAAGGAGGAGCACAACAUUGUAUUCAUCCGCACCCCAGAGGGAGGACCAGCACAAGACCCCAUUGUCAUCCCCCCACCCCAGAAGAAACACAUCAUCUACGUCCUGAACAAGGAUGCUGGCCAACAACAACAGAAGAUCAUUGAAAUCACAACGCCCAAACCUAAGAGCCCAGAGGUCUACUUCGUGAACUAUGCUGAAGGCGAAAACCCUACUUUGCCCGGUGGCAUCGACUUCGAAACAGCUCUGAAUUCUGCUGUUCAUGCUGAUGGACAGGUGAUUGGCGGUGGAAGCUCAGCUGGGCCUAUUGGCACUUCGAUCAGAAAUCUUCCUGCCAGCCACGACUCCGCUGGCCAUCAAGGAACCAGCUUUGGUGGAGAAGGCUUCGUCAGUGGCAGUGCUGACGCUGCAGGCUCCUUCGGCCCAAGUGCUGCUUCAGGAUCCUUUGGUUCAGGUGCUACUGCAGGAUCCUUUGGCUCAAGUGGUGCUACAGGAUCCUUUGGAUCAGGCGCUACUGCAGGAUCCUUUGGUUCAGGUGGUGCCGCAGGAUCCUUUGGAUCAGGUUCUUCUGCAGGAUCCUUUGGCUCAGCUGGCGUUACAGGAUCCUUUGGUUCAGGUGCUGCUACAGGAUCCUUUGGCUCAAGUGGUGCUAUUGGAUCCUUUGAUUCAGGUGUGGCUACAGGAUCCUUUGGUUCAGGUGCAGCUACAGGAUCCUUUGGUUCAGGUGCUGCUACAGGAUCCUUUGGUUCAGGUGCUGCUACAGGAUCCUUUGGUUCAGGUGCAGCUACAGGAUCCUUUGCUUCAGGUGCUACUGCAGGUUCCUUUGGCUCAAGUGCUGGUGUGGACUUUGCCGCAAACGUCAACAGCUUCAGAGGAGGAAGUUCGUCCUCGGGGGGACUUCAGCUCAGGGUGGACGACAGUCACGAGGCCUUUGACGAUGAUUCUGUAGUCCUCCGUAGCAAUGCCAACAGCAGAACUAAUCUCCAGAUUACACCAGCUGCUGGUGUGCCACUGCCCUCAGCCCAGUAUGGCGCACCCUAAACUGAGCAAUUGACCUUUGCAAUGUACAAGGACCUUAUAAUACUCAACUGGACACAUGCGUUUACUCAUAAGCUCACUACUGAAUAAGUACACUUCGACAUACGAACAUGUUUGACUCUAGUUCAUAAGUUCUCUAGUCAGUAAGAAACAUUUUAUUUUGUUAGAUAUCUCUAUUUCUAUCACAAAUAAAGGAUUUAUUCUGA